AUGAAUUUUCAAGUUCCAAAGUUGCCAGAAUUCGAUGAGAAAACGGAUGAUCCAGAUAAGCAUGUUUUACACUAUGAAACUUCCAUGACUCUACGGCAGUACAUCGAUGAGUUGAUGUGCAAAAUGUUUCCACGGUCACUGGCUGGUAGAUCAAUAAAGUGGUUCAAUCAGCUCCCGACACAGUCGAUCGUUACUUACCAUGAGAUGGUUGGAGAAUUAUUCUUUCACUACAAGUACAACAGACGUGAUUGGAAGGGAUGCCACACAUUGUUCCUUAUAGGAAUUCGGAAGGAAGAAAGCAUCAGACAGUUUACUCGACGCUUCAAGCAAGAUUUGGCUGAUGUGGAUGGUGCCAACGACCAAAUCGUAAUCGAAGCUUACAAACAGGAAUACCAAUAUGAUCAAAGAGGUGUGUACGGUUCCUUAGUCAAGAUACCACCAAAGACUCUGGAAGAACUGUAUGAUCCAGCAGAAGAAUACGCUCGAGUUGAGGAUGACUCCAAAUCUCGAGAGACAAGAGAUGUUAACAGAUCAUCCAAUCAUCCAAAUGAUGGGAAGAAAGACAAGUCAAAGAACCGUUCGAGCGAAUAG